CCGCCGUGGCCCGCGCGCCCGAAAACGGAGGAGCCGCCACGGCGGCCGAGUGAGCGCCGUCGGGGCUGGCGGGCGGGAAGAAGCGGCGGGUCGGAGCUUGGGGGGAGCAGGAGAGCGCGCCCACCACCUUCCCUUCCCCCCUCGAUGGGAGCGGGGGCGUCCCGGCCGCCGCUGCAGUCUGUGGAGGGAGAGCCGGGAGCCGUCACUUCGGAGUUGGGGCUGAGCAGCCUUCGGGGGAGAGCGCGCCAAGACCGCUGGCCGAGUUAAGCACACCCACAGUAAUGGCUGCGGCCUUACCCAGGACCCUGGGGGAGUUGCAGCUGUAUAGAAUAUUACAAAAGGCCAAUCUGCUUUCUUAUUUUGAUGCCUUUAUCCAACAAGGUGGUGAUGAUGUCCAGCAACUCUGUGAAGCUGGAGAAGAGGAAUUCUUGGAAAUCAUGGCCCUUGUGGGCAUGGCUAGCAAGCCCCUUCAUGUUAGAAGGCUACAGAAGGCUUUGAGAGACUGGGUUACAAACCCUGGCCUUUUCAAUCAGCCGCUGACUUCCCUGCCUGUUAGUAGCAUACCCAUCUAUAAAUUACCAGAGGGAUCACCAACGUGGCUGGGAAUAUCCUGUAACAGUUAUGAAAGGAAUAGCAAUGCCCGGGAACCUCAUGUAAAAGUCCCCAAGUGUGCCGCCAUCACCUGUGUGCAGAGCUUGGGACAGGGGAAAUCAGAUGUGGUGGGGAGCUUAGCACUGCAAAGUGUUGGUGACUCCAGACUCUGGCAAGGCCACCAUGCCACUGAGAGCGAGCACAGCCUCUCCCCAGCAGACCUUGGCUCUCCAGCUUCCCCAAAGGAAAGCAGUGAGGCACUGGAUGCUGCCGCCGCGCUCUCUGUAGCUGAGUGUGUGGAGCGAAUGGCCUCCACACUGCCCAAAAGUGACUUGAACGAAGUGAAAGAGCUGCUAAAAACCAACAAGAAGUUAGCUAAAAUGAUCGGUCACAUCUUUGAGAUGAGCGAUGAUGACCCACACAAAGAGGAGGAAAUUCGAAAAUAUAGUGCAAUAUAUGGCAGGUUUGACUCGAAGAGAAAAGAUGGGAAACAUCUCACACUUCAUGAGCUCACUGUUAAUGAAGCGGCUGCUCAGCUCUGUGUGAAGGAUAAUGCCCUCCUGACAAGAAGAGAUGAACUUUUUGCCCUGGCUAGGCAGAUUUCUCGAGAAGUCACCUAUAAAUACACUUACAGAACCACCAAGUCAAAAUGUGGAGAAAGAGAUGAAUUAUCCCCGAAGAGAAUUAAAGUGGAGGAUGGGUUUCCUGAUUUCCAAGACUCUAUGCAAACCCUCUUCCAGCAGGCUAAAGCUAAGAGUGAAGAACUUGCUGCUCUUAGUUCACAGCAGCCUGAAAAGGUGAUGGCAAAGCAGAUGGAGUUCCUUUGCACCCAAGCUGGCUAUGAGAGACUGCAGCAUGCUGAAAGAAGACUGUCUACAGGACUUUACAGGCAAAGCUCAGAAGAGCACAGCCCUAAUGGCUUGACUUCUGAUAACUCUGAUGGACAAGGAGAAAGACCUUUGAAUCUCCGAAUUCCUAAUUUACAGAACAGACAACCCCAUCAUUUUGUGGUUGAUGGAGAGCUGAAUAGACUUUACUCCAGUGAGGGAAAGUCUCACUCAUCAGAGAGCCUUGGGAUUUUAAAAGACUACCCUCACUCAGCUUUUACUUUUGAAAAGAAAGUCAUCAAAACAGAGCCUGAAGAUUCAAGAUAGCUGUGAUUUUCCCACUGUUCUCUGGAAAUGGCAUCAGUUUUAAGGAUAAUGCUCCAUCAUAGAAAUAAGCCUUAAUAACCAGUGUUGCCUCAUUCAGCUCAAACAGAUUUCAUAGCCAAAGCAUAAGGACUAAUACAGUAGUCUGUGGACACCAGGAAGAAAAAACAACAGCCACAGAUGAAAAAAAAUUGAAAGAAUGUUGUAACAGAAAUAAUGAUCCAUUCACAUUCCUGUGUAAGUCGUUUUAUGUGGAAAGGCUUACAAAUUAGUAUUGUAAGCAUUUAUUUAAGAAUGUACAAUGUAUUUGUGUAAUUUAUAGAAGUAAAAUCUAGGUAUUGAGACCUGUUUGGUCUAGUAGAUAUGAUACAGUUUAUUUUACUUGAAAUUUCAUUGUCUACUUUAAGUGUAUUUAGCGUAAAUAUUAUAUGUCAGAGUUUAGAAUCUUUACAGUCAUAAAAUAGAAAGUUUAAGUAAUGUAGUUAUUGGCAGGGUUGCAGUGACUUUGGAAAAAUGGAAUUUUGCAAGCAGUUUAAACCAAGGAAAAUGUUGUGGAUUUAAUCAUUGGUGAAACUGAUUUUGUUUAAUAGAAAAUGUGUCAUUUAUAGUAAUAAAGUGUCAUUUUUGCUGGCUUAUCAGGCACAUGUACACAAUUAAUAAAUACUGGAGUAAAGUUAAAAAGAUGAGAAAUACAAUAGGAAAUAUUUCUUAACCUAGUUGCCCCAGGUUGCAUUAUAUGAUAGCUACCUUAGGAUAUAACAAAAAUAGGGAGCUAUUACUACUUGGACCGAGAACUUGAAACAAGUGGACUGAUGUGUAAAGCCUUGACUUAAACAUUGCAAUUUCUGAAUGUGUGAAAUAGUAAGUAAUAGUAAGUUAAGACAUAGUAAGUUAACCCUAAAUGUGAUGAGGAGGGUGACUGCUAACAAAGGCUGUAAUAUAAAGUAAAUACCGUUUUAUAUCCAGAAAUUCUUCUCUACAUACUGGAGUCAGAGAAACAAGAUAGCUCUCCCUAAGGAAUGUUUUCCCACUCAGACCUUCACAGCUGUGGACAGCACUACAUCCACGUUUGCAGGCAUAUUUCUAUAGCGGUUUAGUUGACACGUAUUAUUUAUUUUAUAAUUUCAUUCUUGUACACCUUUCAGAUUUGUGAAUGCAGUUUUUUCUUAAAAUUCAUUUUCACUUGAUAGCAUAUUUUAAUUCCCCCUAUUUAGUUAAUGGGCUGUGUGCAUAUAUAUGGGGGUAUGCUUAAAUGUUAAUAAUAUACUUCCAUACUUAACGAGAAUUUCACAUUGGACUCCAUAGUAAAAAAACAAAUACUACUAUUACCAAUUUUUUUUUCUGUUGGCUUAAGAAGAGAAGAUAUUUGACAGAUUUACCUACUUCCUCCACAUUAAUCUAAACCCAGAUAUUGCUGAGAAGAGCAUAUUGAAUUGGAAUAUGUGUUUUUUUUUAUUUGUUUUGUUUUCAGCUCUGCUCUAGGUCAUAAAUGUGUAAAAAAUACUAAGUCAUAAUCUGUUAUACUCAAAUUCAUCAGCCAAAUGUUAGAUGAAAUGUCUGUACUGUAGUUCUGAUCACUGUUACAUAUAUAAUUGCUUUUUCAUUUUGAUUUGUAGAAUAGCUUUAUAGUAGAAACACCAGUAAACAACUUCUAUACUAUUAAAAGGCUCUUUCCCUUCCUAAAUGUUUUCAUUGUACCAUAGUGUUUUGCCCACUGAAGAAGCUUUUUAUGGACCUUGCAACUCCGUUGCUGGCUUGAGGUUGAUUAUUGUGGUUGUAUUGUUCACUGUGUUUAGAAAUAGUAUGAGUAUGAUUUAAAUAGAUUAUUCAGUUUUUAAUAUUAGCCAUAGAACUGGUUAGUAUCUCAGUAGUUUCAUGAAACGUUUCCUGUAUUCUAAUCUACUUUGAGAAAUUCUGUGGGUUUUUUAAAAUUGUGUCUUACAAGUUCAAGUUUGUAGAUUUUAAUAAGCAACACUUUUAAAGAUGCUGUAAUCUUCCAACUAAUAUUUAUGUCUUUCAUGGCCCCACAAACUGCAUCUUUAAAUCCAUAAAUAAGUUUCCUUAAGUAUCAGACUUUUCUGAUCUUUCAAGCUUAGUGAUAAGAAGGAAGCACAAGAAAAAUUUCAGUAGAAUACAGUUUUUAUUUUGUAAACACUAAUGUAUUAAAUUUGCUAUACAUUGAAGCAAAUAAUAUAUAUUUUUAUUUGAAUUGUAUAUAUGAAUUGGAUGUUAUAACAGUUUGUUUUCUUCAUUGUGUUAGAGGUAUUUUCACUGAACAAGGUCAAUUGGUUACCUCAGUAUUACAACCAAUCUAGUCCAAGGGACCAUUUCUCCCUCAGUCCGUGUUGUAUUUUAUUAUGUGAAGUCUGCGUUUCUGUGACUCUUAAAGCUGUUGGUGAGGUGGGACGAGUGCACUUGCUUCCUGUGGCAAUAAAGAUUUUGUGCCUCACA